CUAAUCUUAUCACUGAUAUCGCGAUCCAAACGCGUACACGACGCGUCUGACACGACUUAAGAAUCACCACAACAGUACUCAUGUCGAACUCAAAGCGCGGUGCAUUCAUCGUCAUAGAAGGAUUAGACAGAUCCGGGAAAAGCACUCAAGCCUCUCUCCUCCACGAACGCCUGCAGGACUCGCAAGAUGGCACAAUACCAAAGGUAGUCCUGCUCAAAUUCCCUGAUCGCACGACAGCCAUAGGGAAAAUGAUUGACGCGUACCUCCGUUCCGAGUCCGAGCUGGACGACCGUGCUAUCCACCUGCUCUUCUCUGCUAACCGCUGGGAACUUGCAUCCAUGAUAACAGCUCAUCUAGCAGAAGGGACCACCGUCCUCGCUGACCGAUAUGCAUUCUCUGGUAUCGCGUUUUCAGCUCGUAAGGGACUACCGUAUGAAUGGUGUCGCGCUCCCGAGGUCGGACUCCCUGCGCCAGACAUUACCCUAUUCCUCAACAUCAGUCCAAAAGUCGCAGCCGCGAGGGGUGGGUAUGGGUUGGAGAGGUAUGAGAAAGAGGAAGUACAGAAAGGCGUGAGGCAGGUAUUUGAUAAAAUUGGACAGGCAAUGCGAGAAGAGGGCAAGGGAAAGUGGGUGGAGAUUGAUGCAGGGAAGAGCAAAGAAGAAGUUGCGGAAGAGCUUUGGAGAGCGGUUCAGCCGCUCGUCAGUGUGGUUGAUGGACCCAUCAGUAAACUCUGGGAAACAACACUGGGGGGCGGGAGUUGAACACACUGCCUUGUAGAGUAUCGUAAGAUGCGGAGACAGGAAAAUACGAGCGAAUUUUACGAGUGGGCGCUGACAUCUGAUGAAGUUAGAAAUAGCAGGUGAAAAGUCGGGUUAUUACUUCAAUGAUGAAACAUAAAGGUGUGAUGAGU